AUGCGUCGACAAGAGUUGGUAAAACAUGUUUACUUUGAAAAACAGGAUGUUGGAAGCAUGAUGUGCGCUCAACAUGCCCUCAAUGCCAUUCUUCAGGGGCAUUAUUUUGACCCUGUACAGCUCUCUCAAAUCGCUAAAGAGAUUCAGGACUACGAGCAAGACGAGUUAUGCAUGCCAAAUGAACUCAAUGGUCUAUCAGAAGCGAACCAUAUGGAUGAAAGUGGCUACUUUAGUGUAGAAGUAAUCGACCGCGCAUUGAAGGCGUGGGAUAUGAACCUGGUUCGAUGGCGAGAUUGCAGCGAGCUUCGAUCCAGGUAUGCACAUCCCGAAAGAGAGUUUGCUUUUCUCCUCAACCUUGGGAACCACUGGUUCGCUCUACGUGGCUUCGGACAUACACAGAGGCAAUGGUUCAACUUGAACAGUUUCUUCACCGAGCCUCAAUGGCUAGGCGAAAUGUAUCUUAGCACGUUUUUACAGCAGGCUGAACAUGAGAAUUAUACCAUAUUUGCUAUUCAACCACAGGAUGGCUCUGCGCCUCCAGACACUAUUGCAGAUGAUAUGGCGGACGUGCAAACGCCUGUAAUGGCUCCAACCCAGUUCGUUGAUGAUGAAGACGAUAAAGAUCUUCAAGCAGCUAUUCGUGCUAGUCUCGAAGAACAUACUCAGCCCUCCACAACGUUGGAGUUCAGCAGUGCUAGGGAUCUACCGCAUGGACAACGACGUGCUAGAGGUGAUUUAUCCAGCCCAGGUUCAUCGGUUGAGGAGCAGGAAAGUUUAUUCACGGCGUUAGAUCUACCGCCUAGCGGAUAUCGAUCUCGGCGCCGUGCCAAGGCUAGACAAACAGAUGAUAUUGAAACAUCACACAUGGUCAUCCGCGGACAGGGCUCACGAAGAAAGUCGGCCACCGGGACAUCAAAGAUUGAAGAUGAUGAAUUGUGGCUCGCGUCGAGUAAACGCAAGUCACCGUUUUUACAUCCCACCCUGUCAACGGCCUUCACAGACGAAGACAAUGGCAAUGACGAUGUGGAUAGCAUCGAAGAAGAAAUGGAUGGCGACUCUGAUGUAGAAUGGAUGCCAUCGCCUCCUACCAUGCAAACAGCGGUGCCGAAUAUUCGUGAUGAAGAUGAAGAGCAACUUCAAGCGGUCAUUGCAGCUAGCCUUGGCCAAGAGUAUCAUGUAUCAGACCGAAUAUUACAACGAACGAAUCGAGUAUUUUCGCAACGAACAGAACCUGAAACCGUUCCCGAAGAUGUCGAACGCAUACGCCGCAUGCGUGAGAGCCAGUCUAAUGCAUUUCAAGCGUCUCCUCCCCCGUCUUCGGGUGCCACAGAAGUGCCUAUGGCGCCCACGGCGUGUGAAGAAGAUAACGAGGAGGUGGAUGAGGAGGUUCACGACACAGAGCUAGAUCAUGCUUUGACGGCCGAGGAACUUCGACGACGACGCCUGGCACGCUUUGGGUAA